AUGCGGAUUGCAAGUGCAGCCCUAUUCUUCGUUUCGGUACUGAGUGUCGUUAGCGCCUUGCCUACACCUGAGGUCGAUCCCGUCGCCCCUGUGGCAGGAGUCGUUGCACGUGAACCUCAAAUGAGGCCCCCUUCCUGGAGAAGAGACCCGGAACCUCAAAGCAGGCCCCCUUCCUGGCGACGGGAGCCCGAACCCGAGCCCGAACCUCAAUACAAAGCACCCUCAUGGAGACGCGAACCCGAGCCUCAAAGCAGGCCUCCUGCCUGGCGCCGCGAGCCUGAGCCCGAACCGCAAUACAAGGCUCCUUCCUGGCGCCGCGAACCUGAGCCCGAACCGCAAUACAAGGCUCCUUCCUGGCGCCGCGAACCUGAGCCCGAACCCCAGUACAAAGCUCCUUCCUGGCGACGCGAUCCGGAACCUCAGUACAAGGCCCCUUCUUGGAGGCGCGAACCCGAACCCCAGAUGAGGCCUCCCUCCUGGUGA